AUGGUCCGUCUCUGCGUCGAUAAAACGAUCCCGAACUCUAAUCUAUGCAGCUUCUUGCGCAGCAGUGACAUGUGCGGCACUUGGGGUUCGGAACCAAUGGUGGACAAGAUAUAUCGCAUGACUCCCGCCUGCUUCUCACCGGAAAAGAAGAGGCAUACGUCCACGAUGUACGGAAACGUGGUUUACCAGCCGAGUGGGGACUCUUCUCUCGAUGACUUGCGCGAAGCACUGGAGGAGCCGGCGGCAAAAAUAGAUAUGAGAAAAGUCAUCUGGAAUGCCGCAUACGAUGACAACGGUUCCGAGACUACCAUCUUAUGGAAGUAUGUUCUACAAGUGAACGAAUUCUCCGUGAACAAGGCUGGAAAUAGGGAGCCCAUCACUCUUGCGAAACGUUUAUCCAAAUGGGCUUGCCGGCAUAGAUGGGACAAUUGCGACUUAAAGAAGACUGAGCCGCUAUUCUUGUUGUGUGCUUUAUCUACAACUCCGAUCAGCCCGAAUGUAUAG